AUGAACUAUGCGGAAUACAAGCCCAACACCGGCGUUCGGACUCCAACCCUGCUCUCCAGCUCUUUUAUCAGCCCUGAUGAGACUUACGAUACUAGCUGUAUGCCCACGCCUUCUCCUCCCCAUUCCAGGAUUCGGCAAUCGAGGACCGCGGUAUAUGCCAAAGCCUAUUUUGUGUGCUGGGGCCACAAGGCGGUGAUGAACAGUGCUUCGAGGGUGGCCCAUGCAGUGUGCAAACUAGGGAAAGCGCCAAAUAUGAGGGGCCGCCUGCAAAUCCAGCCAAAGGUUUUGGCAAACACACGGAGUGGAUGGGCAGAAGAGCUAGAGGAAGGAAGCGAGGACGAAGAGGAAGAGGAAGAGGAAUGUGUGGUGGAUAAUGCCAUAUAUGAGAGUCAGGCGAUGAUGUCGAGGAUUGGAUGUGUAAAAUGGGUCAAGAUGUCGCUUAUGUUUGUGCUGUAG